AUGGCUCCAAGGACUAACGGCGUCGGGAUUCGGCCCGAGGAAACCCGCAUCUGCGUGGUGAUGGUUGGGCUUCCAGCUCGCGGGAAAAGUUAUAUUGCCCAAAAAGCUCAGCGAUACCUCAAGUGGCUCUCGAUCCCCGCGGCGACCUUCAAUGUGGGCAACUACCGGCGCAACGACGCCCCCCAUCCCUCAGCUGACUUCUUCGACACCAACAAUGCCGAGGGCGAGCGUAAGCGACGGGCUGCGGCCGAGGCUGCCGUGGCAGACAUGAUGAAGUGGUUCAGGAGCGGUGGAGUGGUUGGUAUUCUCGAUGCGACAAACAGCACCAAGGAGCGCCGGAAAUGGGUGCUCGACCGAAUCAACCAAGAAGGUGUCGACGUCAUUUUUGUCGAGUCCAAAUGUGACGAAGAGGAGCUCAUCAUGGCCAACAUUCGGGAUGUCAAGACUACUAGUCCGGACUAUCAGGGCCAGGACCCAGAGCAAGCCGCGCUCGACUUCCGAAACCGCAUCCGCAACUACGAAAAGGUGUACAAGACCAUCAACGCCGACGGGGACGAGGAUCAUCUGACCUACCUCAAGAUCAUGAACGUGGGACGACAGGUCAUCAUCAACCGCAUCCAGGAUUACCUUCAAAGUCGUAUAGUGUAUUAUCUUAUGAACCUUCACAUCCGGCCCAGAUCAGUCUGGCUCUCUCGGCACGGCGAGUCCAUGCUCAACCUGGAGGGCCGCAUCGGUGGUGAUGCCGAUUUGUCUCAUCGCGGUGAAGAAUAUGCGCUCAAGCUCCCCGAGCUGGUUCUCGAAUCUAGCGACCGGCCGUUGACGGUCUGGACGUCGACCCUGAAACGCACCAUUGCGACCGCCCGUCACUUGCCAAAACACUACAACCAAUUACAAUGGAAAGCGCUCGACGAGCUGGACGCUGGUGUCUGCGACGGCAUGACGUACCAGGAGAUCGCCGACAUGUACCCUGAAGAUUUCCAGGCUCGCGACGAAGACAAGUACAACUACCGCUACCGCGGCGGUGAGAGCUACCGGGAUGUGGUGAUCCGCCUCGAGCCCAUCAUCAUGGAACUGGAGCGCAGCGAGGACAUUCUCAUCAUUUCUCACCAAGCCGUCAUUCGUUGCAUCUAUGCCUACUUUAUGCAAAAGACACAAGAAGAAAGCCCCUGGGUACCAGUACCGCUUCACACGCUCAUGAAGCUGACGCCGCGGGCCUACGGCACCGAGGUACAAAUCUACAAGGCUGAAGUCAAGGCCGUCAGCACGUGGCGUGGCAAGGGCAGCACCGCUAAGCACGAGGAUCCCAAGCCGGAGGGUGGCAUAUGAUUGUCUUGUUUUGGAGAUGCAUUCUUCUUGGGUCAUGUUCCCGCAUAUUUCUUGACUGCAUAAUUUUUCUUUUUUUUUCUGGUGUUCAUAGCGGAGGUAUCAUCAAACUUCUUUUUGGGCAGGAUUCCCCUAGGGUCGGAAAGAUAAAACCACGACAUGGUUUCAAACGCACAUAGCAAUCACUUUCCCCAGAGUCAUAGGAGGGCGGUUCAAAAUGGACUGGCGGAACUGCUAGGACAAGGGCUUUUCAUUCUCACUCACUAUAGAGAGAGGUAAAAGGGGGUUGUGAGGCUUGAUUUGGUUGGUUGGUUGGUUGGUUGGGGCAAAGGUGUAAAUGAAACGUUCUUCUACACAGCGAAAUGAUAUGUAAUCAUGUGCAUUUAAGCACACUCACCCUCCCUGUCUGUUUUGGCUCUUCUCAGACUGUAGCGUUUGACGGAUGGACGGACGUUACUUGUAUUACU